AUGAGUUUCUACCAACCUUCACUAUCCCUUUACGACGUGCUAAAUGCACUAUCUGAUCAAUCACGUCAGAGAGACCCUCAACAGAGGGUGCAACAGGGCCGCACACAGGCUCAUCCUCACCGUCACGCGCACCCACGUGUGGUCCAUGGGUACGGUCCACAUACUCACGGUCAUGUAAGGGGGAGACCCCAAUUUGGUGGACCCCCAUCGCAGUUCGGCCCUGCUGGGUACUUUUACAGAAUGCCAGGUCAGGGGUACUACUACAACCCGGAGUACGGCUACUACGAAGAUGACGAUGAUGCUAGUGAUGCCGGAGUAACGAACGUUGCUGGGAUUGGUGGUGUUCAGGAUGAUGAGCAGGAUCAAGAUAUGAGAGAGAGUGAACGGCCAUCGUACUACCAUUUGCCCCGUCAAGCGGAAAGGAGAGGUUACGAACCGGCUGGUUCUGACUUCUUGGCUGAUCUUUUGAAUGCGUUUGCCGGUGCAGCUCCAGCGACUACCGGUGAGGAAGAAUCCUCUGGGGAACAACCUGCUGAGGAAGCUGCAGAGGAAGAGACUGAAAGGAGUGGUGCGGAAGCGACUGAAGGGAGUGGUGCGGAAGCGACUGACAAGCAAGGUGAAACGCAAGGUGACAAAGUUGCCUCUGAGGAGGAAGGGCCAUUCAAAAAAGGCACAGGUGGAGAGUACGAGAUAAAGAAACCAAUCAAAGAGGCGGUGAGACCAAACCUGCCAAAGAUUGGCAGGAAGAACUCCGGUUUUGCACACUUGCAAGCGCCCUCUCCUAGACCUGAUCCACUUCAGAUCUCCAAGCCAGAAACGAGACUGGACCUUCCCUUCAGUCCCGAGAUUAAUGUUUACGACCUGGAUGACAAGUACGUUGUGGUACUAGCUCUACCGGGUGCCAACUCCAAAUCUUUCAAGAUCGACUACCACCCAUCUUCGCACGAACUGUUAAUCAAGGGGAACAUCAUCGACAGGCUCGGAAUUGAGGAGAAAUUCUUGACGAUCACGGAAAUUAAGUAUGGUGCAUUUGAAAGGACCGUGAAGUUCCCAGUGCUGCCACGCAUCAAGGACGAAGAGAUCAAAGCGACUUACUCCAAUGGUUUGCUGCAGAUCAAGGUGCCAAAGAUUGCUGAUCCUCAGGACAAGCCACAACCAAAGAAAAGAAUCACCAUUGAGGACGUCCCAGACGAGGAGUUGGAGUUCGAAAAGAACCCAAACCCUGUACAGCCCAUAUAA